AUGGAAUAUGCUGCUUUGAGAAGGUCAUUGUCUCUACCCUAUGGAUGUCCUGUUAGUAAAAUCUUGGUGCUUCUAGGGGUGGAUGUCAAUAACGAGCAUAAAUGUAUCUGGAGUUCCUCAAAUGUAUUUGACAGAGACUCUUUUAUGUCUCUUGGAUUAGUAAAGACCAUAAAUGGAUGGAGAUUUAUGGGAGAAAACUUUUCUGAAGAAAUUACAGGAAAAACAUCAGAGUUGACAAUUAAAGGAACACGUUUAUUUCCUGAAUCAAACUUUGAAAAAUAUGUCGCCGAACAUAUAAGGAUUCUGUAUGAUAAAAUUGAGAAUCUUACACUUCUGCAGAAAGGAAAUCUGGAACUGAACAAAGAGAAAUUGUGCAAACAUGACGAAGCUCUGCAAAAUCGUUUGGCUCUGCAAACUGCUAAAGCCAUGGACACGCUUCACUCCUCGACCCCUCCUGUGAUUCACCGUGACAUAAAGUCUGCGAACGUUAUCAUCGACCGCAACUACAAUGCGAGAUUGGGGGAUUUUGGUUUAGCCUUGAGAGGCCAUGUUGAUGACUACAGACUCAGGUCCCCUCCCCCUGCAGACACUAUGGGCUAUCUUGAUCCUUGUUAUGUAACUCCUGAUAAUUUGAGCACAAAAACUGAUGUUUUCAGCUUUGGGAUUUCGCUGCUGGAGAUUAUAAGUGGAAAGAAGGCCAUUGACAUCACUUAUUCACCACCUUCUAUCAUGGAUUGGGCUAUUCCUCUCAUCAAGAAAGGGAAGCUUUUGGUUGUUUAUGAUCCUAGAAUUGUACCUCCCAAGGAUCCGGUUGUGAGGAAGCAGUUGGCUAUGAUUGCUGCCAAGUGUGUGAGGUCUUGCAGGGAGAGGAGACCUUCCAUGAAGGAGGUUGUUACUUGGCUCUGUGGGCUGUGUAAAUUGGUGCCUCUUCAUUCUUGGAAUGGUUUUAACAACCCUUGCAUGAUGGUUGAGACUGUGGGGCGCCCCGUCGAAGCAAGAAAUGAUGAAUUCAAUUCUAGACUGGCAGGUGUGGAAGAGGGAAAUAUUGAAGCUUUGGAUGGAAGACUUUCCAAAUCUGCAAUGAGGUAUUCCCGGAGGGUGUAUUCUGAUUUAAAGGUAUUCCCGGAGGGUGUAUUAUACAAAAGAACACUCAUUCAACUUAAUACAUAA